AUGGCUCGCAAAAGGGCGCUCGUCGGCGAGUUCGUGGGCACCUUCCUUCUGAUGUUUACCCUCGGCUGCAACGUCCUCAGCGGCACGGCAGCGGCGGGCAGUUCGAUCGGUUUCUCCCUCAUGGUCGGCAUCUACGCCCUGGCAAAAGUUUCUGGAGCGAACUUCAACCCCGCUGUGUCUGUCACGCUCGGCCUCGUCGGCAAGUUGCCCUGGGCUGACGUCUUCCUCUACUCGUUGGUGCAGACGUUGGCGGGCGCGCUGGCGGGCAUCCUCGCCCGCGCGAUCUUCAAGAGCUCGGAGUUUGCCCUCGCCCUCGGGCCCGCGGAUGGCUUCGAGUGGUGGCAGGCAGGCGUGUGUGAGCUCGUGUACACGUUCAUGCUCUGCUUUGUCGUUCUCAAUACUGCCUGCGCCGCGGCGAACGCGAGCUCUCAGUUCUACGGCCUCUCGAUCGGCCUCGUGAUCGUGGCGGGCGCGUUCGGGGCGGGCGCUGUCUCCGGGGGCUGCUUCAACCCCGCCGUGGCGUUCGGCGUCUACGCUGGCGGCAACCACAGCCCCGGCAGCCUGAGCUACUUCCCCGUGUACGCCGCUUUCGAGUUUGUGGGCGGUGCGCUGGCGGCAUUUCUGUUCAAGCAGGACGCGGAGCUGUCCCUGGACCAGUCCGCUGGCACCGCCUCCGCUGGCACCGCCGAUGCGACGGGUGACUUCGACGCUGCCGCUGGUGAGGUCAUGCAGAUUUUCGUGAAGACGGUGACGGGGAAAACUAUCACCCUGAGCGUGCGAGCCAGCGGCACCAUCGAUAGCGUCAAAGCGAUGAUCCAGGAUAAGGAGGACAUCCCUUCCGCCACGCAACGCUUGAUCUUCGCCGGCAAGCAGCUUGCAGCUGGGCGCACGCUGUCGGAUUCCAACAUUCAGAACCACUCGACAUUGCACCUCAACCUCGGCCUGGUCGGGGGCAUGCCGAGGAACGGCGCGGGCCUCCCCCAGGCAGAGAGCUGGGAUGACAGGCCGCCAGAACUGACCCAGGAAGGGUGGGCGCACAAGUCCCGCACCGAACACCCGAUGAGAAAACUCACGGACGGCGAAAAGCAGCAGGUGAGAGACGAGUACACGCAGAUUGUGGGAGACGGACAGGGCGGUGCCGCGCGAGCGUUUGCACAGCGCCUCCGAGAGCACGAGGAUCACGCUCGCGACGCGGGCGCCGUUGGCCGCGCUGCUGAACCUGAGCCGUAUCGCAUCGAAUUCGGGCAGCACAGGAGAAAGACGGUGGCAGAGGUGGCGACAGGGUUUGGCCACAAGCAGCACGGGUCCGAGGACGACAAGAAGCAGGGGAUGGACUACCUCGCUUGGGCCGUCGUGUCCAAACUACAUCACAAGUACCCCAUGUUUGAAAAGGCGUUCAGGGACGAGGGCCUCUGGGAGGAGGUUGCCGCCAAGGCGCCGGCCAAGAAGACGGACAUGCAAGAGGCCAUCGUGCUCAAGAGCCAGGAGCAGGAAACUCGGAUCGCUGCCGGGGAGACGGUGCACAGAGAGUUGGUGAAGUUGCGAGAAACGCAGAUGGCGAUCAUCUCGCAGGAGGUGGGGGCCGAUGGCGCCGCGGUGUCUUCUUUUGAUGCGACGGCGGCUCCUAAGCGGAAGCGCACGAGGGAGCACAGGGCGCAGGCGAAGACGCUUAUCUCCCAUUGCAGACACUGCGGUAAGUUUGGGCACAAGAUAAAGACCUGCCCCCUCCUUCAAAAGGAGGCUGCAGACGCAGCCGUGGUUCGGCCCGAUGGCGGCGUGGACCCUCUGCAGAGACGUCUGUGGCGCACGGUUGCUCACUUGAAGUACACGUGGCUGCAGAACAGGACCCCGCUUUACGAGGGCAAACCGACCAAGCGUUGCAGGGUGCCACUGGCGCGCAGAUCCGUGUCUUACGACGAGCUGGCGCGCAUGACUGUUCGUGGAUGGGUACGCUUCGCCUUCGACAGCAGCCUCCUGCACGACAUGCGCGGCGAGCCGUGCCCCGACCCUACAUGCAAGGAGAAACCCAGCCGUUUCAGCAUCGGCAAGCCGAGCAUUCUCGGGCCGUGGCGCGUGCGCAAGCAGGUGGCAGGGAAGGUGGAAGACGUUGGUCGCUGGGACGCGAUCUAUCGCUGCGAGCACUGCAGACACUCCUACACAGUGUUCGGCGGACACGCGCUGUUCGCCCACGGAGACCUCAUGAGCCAGGCGUCGCGCGCUUUCUGGAACUACGUGCAGGGUGUGAGCAUGACGUGUUCCGCCUUGCAGAUGCGCCGCUCGGAGGACUUGAUGCGCGAUUGGUACGGGGUGGCGAGGGAAGUGGUCGCCUGGGACGCUGUCCGGAGGCAGGAGCGCAUCAUCUUCGGGAAGAAGGGGCCGCUCACCACCACUCUGGAGUACGACGAGUCCUCGUUCGGCUCGUGGGAGACGGUUGAAGAGGGCCGCCGAGUGUUUCACACCUGGGUACUUAUCGGCAUCAUGGAGAGGGGCAAUCCAGAGUCCAUGUGGUUCGAAGAGUACGGAGUCACCACGUCUCACGAC